ACAAGAACUGAACUUAAACGACAUUUUUUUCAAAGCAACCUAUGUGGGACUUGGCAUAUCAUUUUAAAUUAGAAGAAAGUAAAAUUAUGAAUAAUGUAUUUAUAAAGAAAAAAAAAUAGAUUACAGAACAUUAAAUCAGAUAAGAUGGUGUUUAUAUCUCUGCGAGAGAUUCCGAAGCGCCGUUAGCGCUGGAUGUUGCCGAGUUAGAAUUAAUUAAAUCUCUCACCAAGAGCGCUCCGGAGAUAAAAUGGAAACUUUUCCUUUCGGAUCAAAACAUAUCUACUUUUUGAAUUCCUCGAGUUUUUAAAAAUAAAUAAUCAUGAGGAUCAAGCAACCGAGUAACAAUGGCAACGUUGUGAUAGAGUUUCGGAAUGAGAAUUUAUUCCCAAAACAUACAAUUAACAGAAGGUGGCUCGUGUCGGACAACGCGGAAUCGAACAACGUGUACAGAAAUUUAAGCAGACACGAAAACUUCAGUCAGAAUUACUGCGACACCAAUGAAUACCGGGAGAAUUUCGAAAGUAACACGUUGAAACAGAGUUUGCUAGUACAAGACUCGAAUUCAGAUGAACUCUCCGUGUGUAACAAGCAGUAUAGAAUUAACAAACAGAGCAACGUGAACUUCGCAAGGUCGUGUGUCGAGGAAGAGAACAAUCUGGAGGAAUUAACGACAAAGGCGUCCGUUACAUACUUCUUAGAAGGGUUUGAUGUUUCAUCUAACAAUAGACCAGUUGAUGAAGAACGAGCCUUUGACCAUUCUGACACUGAUGAGAUGUCAGAAAAAGGAAUACAACCAGUACCUAGGGGUAUAGUGAAUCCAAAUUAUCCAGGCUUCCAACACUUAGCACACACGUUGCAGGAUUAUUCUUCAAACAUAGAAAACUUUUAUCAAUCUGAAAAUGACAUGACUGACGAUGAUAUAGAGAUCACGGAAAUAGGAUAUGAAAACGAACCCAACCAAUAUGAAAAUUCGACAGAAUUUAAGAAUAUUAAUAAUAAUAACUUUUCCGAGACCGAAAUAAGUGUGACGAAACUGUAUUCUCAUUCUAAUGAUACAUUUUCACAAACAAAAAAAUUAGAUAGUCAUAAAAAAAAUGAAGUACCAGAUCUCAUAAAAAAUAUAUCAGAAAACGCAAAUAACAAUAAUAAUAAUAACGAAAACAUAAACAGUGAUUCUAAUUAUUGUGAUGCAGAUUUUGAAAACAAUUUUAAUACCAAAGAUAUUAUUGGAGACUUCAAUAAAGAAAUCGAAGAUGAAAUUAAACAACUGUUAAAUUACAAUAUUAACAUUGAAGAUGACCUUGAAGAAUUGAGGAAAGAUAUAAAGGACACAUUUGCGAAACCUAUUGAAAAUACUAUUAAUAACAUUAGUGAAGUUGUAAAUCACGUUAUCAAAAAACUUGUGGAAACACAAUGUGAUGUGAGCGAUGUCAAUGAAGAGCCGUGUACGGAAUUGAAACAAAAAGAAUUGGUUGAGGAUAUUUAUGAUAUUAAUAAAGAAAAUGAAACAAAUACAAGGGCAGAAAUGAGUCUCAGUAGGCCUACAUUUUUAUUAAUAGAAAAUACUAACAGCACCAUAGCUGAUGCAUUCUUAUCCGAUGGAAAGGAUGAAAUCAGUAUAUACUAUAGUGAUUAUGACACUGAUAAAUUAAGCCAGAAUGUGGAAAAUACAAUUAAACAAUUAAGUACUGAACUUAGAAAAAUUAUCCCCAAGUUAGAUGAAAUGCGUGAGAGGGAUAAAUUAUGGCAUGCAAGCGUUUUAGAAUCGGUCCCAGUAGUGGUUACCGAUGGAAAUUCUAAUGAAAUAGCCGGGUCUUCAAAGCCAUAUAAUUUGUCGCCAGUAAAUGCGAAAUAUAAUCAAAAAGAAAGUAGUCAACAUUUUGCACUAGAUGUUCUCCAUAAUCGGAAUGGAAUCAAAAAUGAAACGAGAUCAUUGAGAGAGUGCCACUCAGACCAACAGUCGAGCAAGAGUUGUGGUCAAAAUGCUCAAACAACCACAUCCGUCCGUAUGAAAAAUAACAGUGCUAACGACUGUGAUCUAGGGAGUUUUGAUGUGUACAAUAUAGAAACAGCUUUACCAAAACUAGACUUCGACGCAAUUGAAAAUCAUCUGAAAGCAGCUAAGGAAGCUGAAAGGCGGAAACAUAAUGAUAGAGAAGAAAUCAGGCGAAGGUUGGCCAUGGGUGCCGAUGCUGAAGAGUACUACAGCUUAGGACAUACAGAACGCCCUGGAAAGAAACCAAGUUUACAUUCUCGGCUUCAAAAUGGGAAAAAUCUUCAAAUUUGUUUCAUGAAUGAAACAGCAUCAGAUAAUGAAUCCCAAGCUUCAGAUCUAGAGAAAAGUUACAGUAGUAAGUCAUCAUCUCGAACAAGCCUUUUCAACAAAUCAAGCUAUAACCACCCAUACCAAACCAGACCAUUGUCAGUGAGCAUUACAAAACAUGACAAAAUAAGUACUAUGCAAAGUGGAACAAAGUUGCGUCCAUCAUCAUUUACAUCAAAGACCUCAAAAUCUCGAUCAUCACACUCACUGGGCCACAUAGAGCUGAAGGAGUCUGACUUCUAUGCUUUACAAGCCACCCUUCAAACAGAGGCCAGAAUUGCAUUGGCUCAAGCUAAAGAAAUGGCUCGUAUUCAAAUGGAGCGUGAGCGACGAAGCCGCUCGGUGUCGCCGGUGACGGAGAUGCUGCGGCGCAGCCUGGAGAAGGCGCACGCGCCGCUGGCGGGCGACCGCCGCCGCGUGUCGCGGCAGCUGCUCACCGACAUGAACGUCGCCCAGCUACAGGUGAUAGUGAACGAGCUGCACUCGCAGAUCUCGUCGCUGAACGAGUCGCUGGUGACGCUGCUGAUGGCGCGCGACGAGCUGCACAUGGGGCAGGACUCCAUGCUCGUCGACAUCGAGGACCUCACCCGCUACCUGGGCGUCAAAGAGCAGACUAAGAAAACCAAAGGAAGUACAAAGUCAGGAGUGCGGAGGUUCACUUCACUAGUGCACAAAUAAGUACACCCUAUUUUAAUGUUAGGCAUAUGCAAUCUAUUAUUAGAAUAUUACGGUUGCUAUAUAACCUAAGCUGAGUAUAGUGCGAGCGGUCGUGUUUUAUCCAAGGAGUACGUUCAAAGUAUUUAGGGAUGCAAAGAUCGUUAGAUAUAUGUAUAUAAAGACCGUUCGAUAUGGUAAUAUGAUGGUAUGUAAUAAUUAGGUUGGAAAUAGGGUUACGCUGAAAUCUGUUGCAUCAGUCAGUAAUUGAGCACUAUGGUUGGAAAGGUAGGUUUGUUUUUUAAAGUAAUCGUAACUUCAUUAACAAAAUUAUGUUAACUUACAGCGCGGCAGCGACUCGUACACGUACGUCCCGGGAUCUAUUAAUUUUCUAUACACAUUUUGUUGAUUCUUGCGUUCUCACAAAAAUUUGUGCUUGCCCACGUGUAUACAGUGGCGACAUUUACAAUGAAUUCAUGUAAGUUCACGUACUGUUGACCGUACAAAAAUGUAUAUUGUUUUGUCAUUGUUAAGAAAUUAUAUUCAAGUGAAAAAUAAACUUGAACUUACUCUACAGAUAUCAAAACCACUGUGCAUAUAUAUAUAUUCGAUGAAAUAAAUGCACACAUACAGUGUUAAGUAUGUACAAUAUAAUUUCUUAUUGUGUGACUGACCGACGCGGUGACAACAGCGCAACGCUAUUUCCACCUUCACAAUCUUCGCACUAUAUAUCAUUUUCAUAUUUACUGCUACUAAAUGUAAUCACAUAUAUACAACAGCUCUAAAUGACGCAUACCUAUACAAUACGUUACAAAGUUUACUGGGUUCGAUAGUCGAUGUUGAGUUAUUACGGAAUAGAGAAUAUUACGCAAUGUUGCAACACCAACAAAAACCCCCAUUGUCAUGGUGCACAAGUCAAUAAUAUGUCAUUCUUUGCAAGACUUCUCAAAAUACGCCGUUUGCAUCUCAUAUUUUAGUGCGUGGCGUGAUGACAUAACAGUAAUAUUCCAUUUACCAUGUAAAUUAAUAGUAAAAAGUUCAAAUUUAAUAACUUAAUGUAGUAGACAUAACUAAUUAGGAGGUGCUAAGAUAGAAUUCACGCAAACAAAUGUUUUUUUUUUUCUGAUUAAUUUAAAAUCACAAUGCGUCGUUCGCAAAUGUCCGUAAUAUCGAUAGCACGGUGUUAGGCAUUAAUAAUUACAGAUUGUCUACAAAGAGUAGAAAAUAAAUGAGGACGCUAUGUCCUUUGGCUGGUAACUCUGGUGUUUAUCAACCAAUCUUAACUAUUCUAUUCUUUGUGUUCAUGGAAACAAUAUGGUAGUUUUUAAAAAUCCAUUUUCUACUUUUUAUAGACAGGUUGUACAAAAGCGCGAGCAAAAACUAGUUAAUUAUAUUACCUGGAAAUUACACAACUUUGCCGAAUUAUAUCGCGCACGCGUUUGUAUGGUUAGUUCCGACUUAGGGCCCGUAGAUUGAGCCCUCCCUCAGAAUUACUUCGCCGUCAGUAGGUACUCCGAAACGGUAGAACUAUUUUCCGAUUCAUUUAUACAUACGUCGGUGGUAUCAAAAUCGUAACAGGCGAUGUCCUUCAUUUAUCUAUGGUUAUAAUAAUUUAUUUAUGUAUUUGUAGAGUGUCCUAUUCAUAAUAUACCGUCCCAGGAACUCUUGGGACGGUAUAUUUUGAAUAAAAAGUAAAACUGGUGUCGAAGUCAAUGAGGACCAAAACUGUGUUUCGUGACAACUGUGAUGUAUUUAUUUGAAAACAAUGCAAGAUAAUGCUUAGACAAUUAUUUAGUUAAUUUACGUACACAAAUGUGCAUUAGUUAAAUUAUAUUUCACCAUCCAAUUUUAUUGGCUCGUAGCAGAGCCAAUCACGUCUUGCCUUCGUGAACAUACUCAAUGUUAUUAGCUAACGUAUAUAUCUACUCAUAUGUCACUAAAUAGAGGACAUUUUAGAAUCUUCAUGUUAUGAAAGUUAUAGCUGUCUAAUAUAAUAAACAUUUUACAUAUAGCAUGUUUAAAUUAUGUUGAUUGAUUAUUGUAUAAAUUAUUUAAAUGCAAAAUAAUAUUGUAUAAAUCUUAUUUAUGGGACACUGUACAUACCUAAUAUUAGCUGCAUAAGAAAUUUUAACAUGCUGUAUGUAAAUAUUUCUCCGUCGAAGUUUCCUGUCUACAUACAUAUUGCAAAUACAAACAUUUUAGUGUAUAUUCACGUUAAAAUCAUGUCCGCUUUAAGAUAGAUAUUAUUAGCCCACCUAGAGAUAUUAUAUUUUGUGAUUAUUCGCAGAUUAGAGUAACAUAUUUUUUCAUUGUAGUCGUUCAUGUUAUUGUAAUCAGUGGGUUUUCCAGCAAUAGGAUUGUCGGUACAAACCUGGACUUUGUACAUUCAAAAAUUGCAUCACGUUAAUAUCUAGGCAAUAAGAUAUGAUAUCGUUUUAAACAGCUGUUAAUAACAUGCAGCAGUGUUAGUCGCUCAUAGAAAUCAACUUGUAUAAUAAUGUCGAAAAAGAGAGCAUAUAAGAGCUCAGUUCUUAUCUGCUCUCUUUUUCGACAUUGUUUGGCAGUUCGUACAGUUCAUUCAUCAUGCUUGUGUACUAGUAAAAACGGAUCGCAAAACCUAGUAUAUUUAUGUCGCAGCCAUGGUGAAAAUAGCCGUUCAAUAGACUGAACGCCAUUCAACCACACGUCUAGCUUUUUAACACUCACCGCCGCGGCGAUAAGUGCGUUUUGUUUUCAAUAUCGCAUCAACUAACCGGUGUUUUUAAUUGUUUCAAGAUAUUUUUCGGAAAGAAAGUAGUAAAUAUACAUUACUAGUGUUAUUAAAGAGACAGAAAUUAUGGAAGCACGAGUGAUGCGAGUGAAUCAAAGUUUAAACAAAUAUUCAAGGAGAAAUUAGUUAAUUCUAUCUAUAAUUACAUUUAUACUUAUUUCAUCAAACUUUUGGUUACCUCUUAAACUUAUUUCAAGAAUAAUCUCCCAAGAAAUUACAAAAAGUUUUCCAAUUCUUUCAAAUUACAUACUAUACUAAUGGUCACCCUAGUUAAUUUGCCAUUUACCUAGUCGGCUAAACGACGUAUAGCCGUGUGAUUGAAUGGCGUUGUUCAGUGUAAGGUCUAUCUGUUUGAUUGAACGGCUAUUUUAACCAGUUGGUUGCGACAUUUACAUUUAAGUAUACAUAUAAAAUGGUACACGCGGUUCAUGACUUACGAACAUUCAUAGUGGCUUAUUAUCAUAAGCACUGUCACACAGUCAGGACUGACUAAUUGGUGGAAUGAUAAAAGUCCGAUUAUAAAUAGUGAGUUCGUAUAAAAAGGAACUAAUAUUACAUAUUGCAAUUUGUGACACGGACAUUGAUGGAAUUUAAUCCCGCAAACCAUGUUUAAUAGCUAUGUUUUAAUCAAACUUUGAUAUUACUAUAGUGUGGUUUCUUCCACUAUUAGCUAAUAACCGCGAUAGAGUAACAUUUAAAUACACAUAGCAAAUAAAACCAGCCGUAUUACAAAUUUGUACAAGUUGUUGCCACAAUUGCACUUACAAGGCACAUGACCAGAAGUCAUAAGAUAUUAUUUUUGUUACCUUUAUAAAGCUGAUAUUUCGUUAGCAUGAAAUGUAAAAAAAAAAUCCUUCAAGACAUCAGUAAGAUUACAUUGUUGUUAUAUUACUAUCCAGUUUUUACUGAUUUAGAUUUUGCUCAAUUAAUUUAGUAUUUUUAUUUUUUCAGCUCAUACUUGAUUUAUAACGAGGUAAAAUCAAAUCUAUAAUAAAAGAUGAUAUCUUUGAUGAUUCUUUAGAAUAUAUAAUCAUGGUUUGGUCGAGUCCCGUUAUGCUCGUUCUUUCUAAUAAUGUAAAAAAAAAAACAAAAUUAACUUAAAUGAAAUGUUAGAGAGCUAUCCAUUCUAUAUUAUGGUAAAUAAAACCUUCAUGUUGUUCAAGAAACUCUGAUUUCGCAGUAAUUGCAGAUAUUGAAUAAAAAAAUAUUUGAAAGACGUGUUUCAAACGGGACUCACUUGUUUCUUUACUUUUUAAAAUUAGAUUUUGGAAAAAAUCGAAUUUAUUAUUUGUAUAUUUUGAUUUGCCCAAUUAGGAUCUCACGUUCUUUUCAUCUAAGUAGAUACCCUACUGUGUAAGUUCCUUCAAGUUUUUUUAAACAAUUAUAUUGAUUAGUAUGCUAGUUUUCUUUUACACGACUGCCCAAAUAUGAAUAUUAGUCUAUUCUACUACAUUCAUAGAGAAACUCGUUGGGAACUAUGUUUCCGUCCUCACAUAUAAUUGAAUCCUAAAUGUUUUCACACACACUUUAGUCUCACUAUCAUAAUGUUAGAUGAGGAUUCUAAUUUCUACUUUGAUUUACCACCGCAGUCGUGUGUUUUCUAUAAUUAGUUUUUUUACUAUAGUUACCAUAUCAUUCGUUUUACUUCUUUAUUUAGAACUGAAUAAAACCUAAUGAUUCUAACUAGUAUCUAGAAAAUCUGAAACGAUUUCUUUUUUAAAGUAUGCAAUAUCCAUCACCUUAAUUGUUAAAAGUAUAAAAAGAUAUACCUAAAUGUCGUACGAUGUGCGAAAUAAAUCUUAUAUACUUUGAAAUAUUCAACAUUUCAAACAUCUUUUGUUAAAGAUAUAAUAAUGGUCUUAUAUUAAACUAUAACUACUUGACUAAAUCUAAUUACAUACAAUCAUUGUAUAUGAUAUUUAUAGUUGAGAGCAGCUGCUCAGCUGCAAUAAAAUGUCAUGAAAACAUCUGUACUGAUGAUAUAAUGCGAAAGCAGAACUAUCAAAUCAUUAGUGGGAACUCAGACGUAAUACAAACUAUUUUUAUCCUAUGAUGAAUAAACACCUAGCCAUACGUGUAUCCCAUGAAGCAUUGGUUAUGCCUAGUAUGGAGUCUGUGUAAACUGCUUAUUGUGGUUUUAGCACAAAAAAUGUUUACUUUGAUAUUUUCCAACUAUAAAUUUAUCGAUGUUUUUUUUCAUUGGCUAAUUGCAACAGAAUAUAUAUCGUACAGUUAUAUUUUGCACAUUUUGUACACAUUGACUAUCCUCGGCAUUUCAGUUCAAUUACAGCCAAUGAAAAUUUCUAGAUACUUUUCGCAUUUUAAAUUAUCGGCUAUAAGUAUGUGUAAAAGUCUGCAACAGAGUUUGAUUUAGAAAAUGUUUUCAAUGAAUGUACGUUGCUAGAUACUCUUCCAACAAUAGAUACUGACACAAACAUAUUGAGUGUCUAGAAGAUGAAAAAAUUUAAAGUGAAAUCUGUUGUAGGCAAAAAGGUAAUUUUUGGGGAAGAGUAAAAGCAACUUUUGUUAUCCUCAGAUAUAGCAAAUCUGAGAAAUGUCUAGGUUCAAAAUAUUUCUGUUUCAUUGAAAGCAAAAUUCCUGAAUCCGGCCCUGUUGUUCUAGCAGCUGAGAGUAGGCAGUACAGCCGUGGUUCGCGGUUGUGUGAGAAUGCUUGGCGUGCUUGGAAAUCAUACCGAUAUGUGAUAAAUACUAUUGAAUCAUUCUAAAUAAAGAGGAAAGUGUUUAAA